UGGUCAUACUUACGAUGCUUUGACAUAAUUAAUGUUUCAUUAACCAUGAUGGCAACACAGACAUUAAGUAUAGACAACUAUCAAGAUGGACAACAGAUGCAAGUAGUAACAGAGUUAAAAACUGAACAAGAUCCCAACUGCUCCGAAACUGAUGCAGAAGGGGUGAGUCCUGCCCCUGUAGAAUCUCAAACUCCAAUGGAUGCAGACAAGCAGGCCAUUUACAGGCACCCACUAUUUCCCUUGUUAGCACUAUUAUUUGAAAAAUGUGAACAAUCUACGCAAGGCUCAGAAGGCACAACUUCUGCUAGUUUUGAUGUAGAUAUUGAAAAUUUUGUAAGGAAGCAGGAGAAAGAAGGAAAACCAUUUUUCUGUGAAGAUCCAGAAACUGAUAAUUUGAUGGUAAAAGCAAUCCAAGUUCUGCGUAUCCAUCUGCUUGAGCUAGAAAAGGUUAAUGAACUCUGCAAGGAUUUCUGUAGUCGUUACAUUGCCUGCCUGAAGACAAAAAUGAACAGUGAAACUCUAUUAAGUGGAGAGCCUGGAAGUCCUUAUUCCCCUGUGCAAUCCCAGCAAAUUCCAAGUGCCAUUGCAGGCACACUCAGUCCCCAAGGGAUUAUGGUGCCAGCAUCAGCAUUGCAGCAGGGAAAUGUAACUAUGGCAACAGUAGCAGGGGGGACAGUGUAUCAGCCCGUCACUGUGGUCACUCCACAAGGUCAAGUGGUGACACAAGCACUGUCACCUGGGACUAUUCGCAUUCAGAACUCUCAG